AUGGCCUCCUCCAAAACCCCAGGCCCAAUCACGGAGCUAGCUCUAUUUCACCUAAAGCCCUCAACCGACCGAGCAGCCAUCAAACGGGAGCUAUCGUCGGCGGCAAAGGCACAGGCCUCUUACUCCAAGUACCCUACUCACCUGUUCGCCCAGAUCGAAGACCCAUCAUACAUCUACCUUCUCGGAGGCUGGAGUUCAGUCUCAGCCCACAUGGACGAUUGGAUACCCAGUUCUACAAACCAGUCCUUAGUUGCCUCUCUAAAGGAGAAGUUAGAUCUUGUGUACAUGGUCCAUAUUGACAUUGAUCCUGCUGAGCUGGGUGUGUUUGGAUUGUCUGCCGGAAGGUCUGCAGAGGUACCGAUAGUUGAUGCCCCUGUGAUCGCUAUCGGGCGUUACUUCCUGCAGAGUGGUAAGAAGGAAGCGUUUUUAAACAGGUUUGAAGAGACCAAGAGGCACUUGGAGGCGUGGAUUGCUCCAAGGGUAUUGAAGGGUGGAGUUCGGGUGGCACCCAAGGAUAGAAAGGAUGAUGGUGUGGAACAAGAGGAAUUUGUGCUCUUCAGUGGUUGGGGAGAAGUGAAGGAUCAUUUUCAAUUCGCAGAGUCGGAUGGGUUCAAGGAAUUUAGUCAGAUAAAGGACUUUUUGGAGGGCGCAGAGAUUAAGCAUGUUUCUAUUUGGGAGAACUGA